AUGUAUACUGAAGCUAAGUGGGAGUUCAUAGACCAUCCAGCAGAUAUUCAACUCCAUGCUUGGGGGCCACAGCCAGAUGUCACAUUAGAACAACUUGGAAAAGCUUUCUUUGAAGUUAUGUUCGAAACUGACAACUUCAAAGAAGAAACAACACACAGCAUCUCAGUUAAGGGUAAAGAUGCACAAAAUCUUCUUUAUAACUUCUUGGAUGAAUGGCUUUAUGUCUUUGAUGCAGAAGAUUUUGUUGCCACACGUAUUAAAGUUACUAAAUGCGAUUUUGUUAAUCUCGAAAUUGAGGCUACUGGUUAUGGAGAGUUAUUUGACAUGAAGAAGCAUGCAGAUUUUCGCCGCACUGAAGUUAAGGCCAUUACAUAUGCAUCAAUGAAAGUAGAUACAACACCUGGCGCAUCCGAAUUCUAUGUUAUCCUUGAUUUGUAA